AUGGUAAAGCUUCUCGGGCUGCUUGGGUCCAUCGAUCGGCAGAACAUACCCAAGGAACUACUGACUCAUUCUGGACUCGAGGGUAUGGAUGAUUCGCUUAAAUUUUGUCGGGCGAUUGGGAAACUAUUGAGGUUCUCCCUGGUUACGGAAUCCAACGUUGAAGGCACAACAUUUUAUGAGCUUCACCGUCUAGUCCAGCUCUCUAUCCAGACAUAUCUAUCGAUAGAGCAGAGCAACCAAGGGAGGACUGUGGGACUGCGGGCUGUCUCAAGGCUUUUCCCUAAGUAUGAAUACAAGCGGCGGAAUAUUUGUGCAGCUUACAU